AUGUGUUGUAGUAACAGACAACACCUAAGUCGUGCUUCUUCAUCUACUGUUCAGGGAGAUUCUAAUUGGGACAUUGCUGCUGCUCAAGGUUUUGAAGCUCAGAAUCACACUGAUGCAUUCUUGGAAACAGGGCUGAAGUUACAGAUGGCCGGAGUAGAAAUUAAUGGAGCACCCGUUUUGUUCGGGCCAAUUGAUAAAAGUUGGGUAGAAGAGCGCGACAAAUUGUCUGAUAAGUAUUUGGAAGGUGUUGCAUCUUUUAUUCAGAUGACAAAAAAUUAUCUCUCGAGUAAGAAUGAGGAAUUAUGCACGUGCCCCUGUAAAAAGUGUGUUAACCGUAACCCACCUACUUCAUUAGCUGAAAUCGAAAAUCACUUGUUCACAAAUGGCAUGGCAGGUAGUUAUAACAUAUGGGUACUUCAUGGGGAAGAAGAUAAUCCUAAUCCAAACCAAUCAACGGCUAGCCAUCACAAUGUUUUUAACGAUGGUACAACUCAUUCUGGAAAUAAAAAUACAGGUGUACUUGAUAUGUUACAUGAUGCUGAUAAAGAUCGGCCUUUUGAUAGGCAAGCAGAUACAGGUAGUCACGAAGAAACUAAUGAUGGUUCUGGCGAAGCUGACAGUACAGACAAUUUGGGUGAAGCUAGUACAAAGUUUGAGGAGCUAUUAGGUAAAGCUAAGCAAGAACUAUACCCUGGAUGUACAGAUUACUCGUCAUUGACUUUCCUUGUAGAGUUAAUGCAUCUCAAGGUGCUCAACUGUUGGAGCAGCAAAUGUUUUGAGAUGCAGCUUGAGUUUCUUAAAAAAUCUUUUCCAAAAGAUAAUACAAUUCCAAAUUCAUACUAUGAAGCUAAAAAUACACUGCGUGAUCUUGGAUUGGGUUAUGAAUCGAUUGAUGCCUGUAAAAAUGAUUGUGCUUUAUACUGGAAGGAACAUAAGGAUAGGGAGGAUUGUCCAGUAUGCCACGAGCCUAGGUACAAAUUCAAUAACAGCAAGGAAGAUCCUCGCAAUGUAAGGUUAGGCCUUGCCACUGAUGGGUUUAAUCCCUUUGGGAAUAUGAAUAAUGCGUAUAGCAUGUGGCCAGUUAUAGUGAUGCCCUACAACUUACCCCCUUGGAAGUGUAUGAAACAACCUUUUUUCAUGAGGGCAUUACUUAUUCCUGGCGAGAAAGCACAUGGAUGGAGUACAAAAGGUUAUUUAGGCUGUCCAGUAUGUAAUGAUGAUCCACCAUCCCGUGCAUUGAGGAGUAAGAUCGGAUAUCUGCGUCAUCGUAGGUUUUUGCCUCGCAAGCAUCCGCGGAGAAGAAACAAACUUCAUGAUGGAAACGAUGAGAUUCACAGUCCGCCGAAAGAGUUGACAGGCAUUUAA